UUUGCGAUCCGUCAACAAGAUUCAUCCUACCUCUGUAGUGGUCUUACAGGUCUCUGGCGUUCUUACUCCGUCCGACUGAAGUCUGCAGCUGUUUAAAGAACAGAUCCUUGUACCCGAGCGCACUCCGGAAUUAUUAUUUGUAUUUCAUCGGAGAAGCCAGACCUCACCAUGCCUCGGUCAUUCCUUGUUAAGAAGUAUUUUUCCAACAAGAAGCCAUACUACAAGGAGAACCAACUGGAGAGCCAAACUGCUUUUGUCCCAGAGAGCUUUCCACGGGCUGAGCUUCCAACACAGAACAACAGCUCUCCCCUGACCUGCUACCCCACCAGCCCAUUCUUCAGCAGCACAGACACCCUGCCUGCACCUCUCUCCCCGAUCACCCCCGAGUCCCCUUCGCCACUGGGACCCCUGGACCUCAGCAGCUCUCCCUCCAGCAGCAGCAGCAGUGAGGAAGAAGAGGACGGCGGACGCACUUCAGAUCCCCCCAGUCCGGACAUCAUCCAGCACAUCUACCACUGUCUGCACUGCAGUGACAGUUACACCAGCCUCUCAGCACUGUCCCACCACCAGCUCACCCACUAUGCUCCCCUGCAGCAGGCGCCUUCUCUUCCCACUGAAGUGUCCACACGUCCAGCCUUCCACUGCAAACACUGCCCCAAGGAGUACACCAGCCUGGGAGCGCUGAAGAUGCACAUUCGUUCACACACUCUGCCCUGUGUGUGCCCCACCUGCGGCAAGGCCUUCUCCAGACCGUGGCUGCUCAGAGGGCACAUUCGCACACACACAGGUGAGCGUCCCUUCUCCUGCCAACACUGUAACCGGGCCUUUGCUGAUCGCUCCAACCUGCGCGCCCACCUGCAGACCCACUCCGAAGUGAAGAAGUACCAGUGCGGCUCGUGCGCUCGGACCUUCAGCCGCAUGUCCCUGCUGCACAAACACAACGCCUCUGGCUGCUGCCCUGCUUCAUAGACUCACAUUCCCUAAACUGCUCUCAUGAGCCAGUUGAAGCUGCUUGCUGGAUUGUCCCAAUUAGAACCAAUAAACCCAGAGGACAGUGGACAGAUUGAUGUUGGCGCCCUCACAAAGCCAUGAUGGGGCAGAAAACUGGACUUGUGUUGCUUUUAUGAAAUAACUUCUUAAAGUGCCUUAAUUUUUCAGGACUUUUGUAGAUUUUUGAGCUCAUGUUGGUAUGCACAGCACAUUUUUUUUGCCACGUCCUGUCAACUGUGUGUAUGUGUGAUUUGAGGGCAGCUGGACAUGCAGUUAAUUCCCAGGAAACUCCAUCGGUGCCGGCCGGUCCGGGACUCUGGCCCUUUUGCAGCUGCUUGGGUGUGUUUGUGUGUGUAUGUGGGGAUGUCAUUCCUCACCAUACUAUACAUACAUGGCGUGUGUGUGGGUGUGUAUAUGAGCAAGUGUGUGUGGGACAGCUGCCUGUGUAUGGUGUACUGUGGAGGCAGGGUGCUGAGAGACGUGUUAGCUGUGACCUCGACAACAGGUGACCCUCUGCUCGCCCCUCCUCAUGCCACACUCGUGCGUUAUGAGACAUGAAAGGACCACUUAAUCUUGACCAAAAUGGUACACGACUUCACCAAUAUUGUCAUUUUACAGUCUGGAUGACGUUAUUUUGACAUGAGUUUUGACCUACAGUUUUUAUGAACCACUUUGUUGAAAAUGCCUUUCAUAUGGGGUGUACUGUUUUUCUGCCACAUGUAAAUAAAAGCUUUUGUUUA